AUGGCGUUGCCCCUCCCGCCGGGUUUGACGCCCGCAGAGGUAGCAUUCCUAUGCGAAAUGGAGCAAGUGACCGUUAUGCCACGGCAGACUUUGGAAGGAUUAGAUUUGCUAGGCGGUUCUAUUCCUCCUCUCGAUCCACGCCGCAGAGCUGUUCUACCGCUAUGGCUUGCGCUGUUGCUGAAGCGUCAACGGCGCGCCAACAUCAUCCCUCCACCUUGGCUCAACCCUCACUCACUGAAGGCUGUCCUUGACGAUGAGACAAAAAACGAUGAACGAUUCUCUCCUCCGCCUCGAUUACCUCCGGUCGCACCAGAUACCACUACGAUAUUCUCUCCGCCUUUCCUCCCGAGCUCGACCGCCGAUGCCGCCCCGGAUGCGUUGCCAUAUCACUGGUUGGAAUUGGGAGAGAUGCUGCUGGAGGCCGCGGAAGAUGACUUUGAAGACCCUGAAAGUGUGCGGAGAUAUCUACGGGAUCUUAGGGAGGUCCGACUGUCUAAAGUUCGGAGAGGUACAGACCAGCUAGUGGCAGCUGGCUCGAUUAGCUUGACUGGUGCUGGAGGAAUGGAGAUCGCUGAGGGAAGAUCAUUCAUCACUGGUGUAAUCGAUGGACUGAGGAAGAUCUCAGCAUCGCGAGAACAGCAGAGAAGAGACAGAGAGCGCGAGGAGGGAGAGGGGGGAUACCCAGGAACAGCCGACGACGACGAAGACGACGAAAUGGAAAUGCAGUGA